AUGGUGCCCCUAAGUGAGAACGAGGGCCCACGCAAUGCAGCAACCACCAGGAACGGAUUCGCCCUCGUCUCCACCUACACCUGGGCAUGCGUAGUACUGCUUGCACUGGUUGCGCGAUUUGGCCAGGGUUAUUCUCACAAAGUCGGUUUUGGGCGAGAUGACGCAGCGAUUGUGGCAGGGACAGUGUUUUACCUUUGCACGACCGUCUGCUACCAGUAUGCCAUCAGCGGUGGUCUGGGGAAGAGAGAAGAUGAUGUCACUGCUGACGAUAUCACCAUGUUCUACCAGGCCAUGUAUGCUGCAGCACUGCUCGGCAUUGUUGCCAUGACGCUCUCCAAAAUAUCCUCGGCUUUUCUCAUCGAACGGGUGGCGACGCAGACGCGAUGGCCAAGAAUGGUUUUGUACGGCAUGAUUGUCGUCUACGCUCUCUUUGCAUUAUUUGGUGUUUCCUUCCAAUGUGGGCUACCAGUAUGGACCACACACUCGCUGCAGUGCGGACAAGCACCAAUCCUACUGACAGGGAUUGCGCUCAACAUAGUAACGGAUAUCGCUUUGGCCUUCUGGCUAGUUCCGACGCUAUGGAAGUUGUCGUUGGACAAAGAGAAGAUCAUGUCGGCGGGAAUGCUCUUUGGGGUGCGUGCAAUUGUAGCAUUGGUCAGUGGAGGGCAGAUUUGGGCCGUCGUGCAUGUCACUUCAAGUCAUGACCCUGCCCAUAGUGCGGUCGACCUCGUAGUUCUAACCCAAUCUGUAUCAGGUCUAUCCAUCAUAGUCGCAAGCGUACCCCGGAUCAAGCGAAUCCUUGGAGUGGGCGGCAGCGGCAUCCUUUACCCAGACAUACAACAGACCGAGAUUUCCCUCUCACACAGAUCGGGAACUCACCCAAACGGCCCAGCUAGGAACAAUUCCGAACCGGUUCUGGUGCCCAGAAACCUCGGAAACUUCACCGUAACCAUCUCUUCCAAAGGCUGUCCGAAGAAGAAGCCAAGAGAGCAUCCGGACUGGCAAGCGAUUACGAUGGGUACUCUUCCAGAUGGACAUACAAGCACCUCUAGUCUAUUCGAACGCGAUGAGCAAGAAGGCGUCAUGAUGCAUCAUGAGGUCAAAGUCUCCGUGGAGGACAACAAGCCGAGAAAGAUGGUUUUCAAGCAGCAUCAGUGA